GAGGAUGACACGAUGCACAAGAAAAUAGUUACUAUUUUGUAGAUUUAGUUUGGUAUUUUUAAUUUGCAGAGACUGGAAGGUAAAAAUGAAGUAACUUCUGUACAUCGUUUAUGACUAUGCUGAGGCUCUUAGUAAAGGCGCUGUUCCUGGUGCUUAUGUGCGGUUAAUGUUCCUGGGGGCAGGGGGUUCAGGGAAGAGCAGCUUACUCGAUGGCCUUAUGAAUGUUCCAUUAAGAAUGGCGGAAACCACAGCUGUAGCUGACACACGCACUGUGUCAUUUCAGUGGAUCAAAGCAGCAGAUAGUUGUGAGGAGGCUUGGAAAGAGCAUACUAGUUCUGACGAGGCUACAAGUUUAGCAGCUCAUUCUCAUAGUCUUGCUCUGAAUAAAGAGGAG